CCCCACAGGGAGAAGUGGUGACGUUGAGCGGUGAACCAGCAGGAAGCCUGACUGCCUGAUGAACUGUGUUCAGGGUCGCUGGAGUCGGAGAGAGACAUCUACAUGCGCUUCAUGAAGUGUCACAAGUGCUACGACAUCAUCCCCACCAGCUCCAAACUGGUGGUGUUCGACACCACGCUGCAGGUGAAGAAGGCAUUCUUCGCUCUGGUGGCGAACGGCGUGCGAGCGGCUCCUCUGUGGGAGAGCAAGAAGCAGAGCUUUGUGGGAAUGUUGACAAUCACAGACUUCAUCAACAUCCUGACCAGAUACUACAAAUCCCCCAUGGUGCAGAUCUACGAGCUGGAGGAGCACAAGAUCGAGACGUGGAGAGAGCUGUACCUGCAGGAGACCUUCAAGCCGCUGGUCCACAUCUCACCUGAUGCCAGGUAG